AUGAUAUUUUUCUUUCUUUCGUUCCUUCUUUUUUCAUUUUUCUUUCUUCUUUCUUCCUUCUUUCUUACUUUCUUUCUUUUUUCUUUCUUCUUUCUUUCUUUUUUCUUUCUUCUUUCUUUCUUUCUUCAUUUUUUUCAUUCUUUCUUUUUUCUUUCUUUCUUUUUGCUUUCUUCUUUCUUUCUAUCUUUUUCUUUCUUCUUUCUUUCUUUCUUUUUUCUUUCUUCUUUCUUUCUUUCUUUCUUUUUUCUUUCUUUCUCUCUUUUUGCUUUCUUCUUUCUUUCUUUCUUCUUUCUUUCUUUCUUUCUUCUUUCUUUCUUUUUUUCUUUCUUUCGUUCUUUCAUUCUUUCUUUUUGCUUUCUUUCUUUCGUUCUUUCUUUCUUCUUUCUUUCUUUUUUUCUUUCUUUCGUUCUUUCAUUCUUUCUUUUUGCUUUCUUUCUUUCGUUCUUUCUUUCUUCUUUCUUUCUUUUUUCUUACUUCAUUCUUUCUUUUUUCUUUCUUUCUUUCGUUCUUUCAUUCUUUCUUUUUGCUUUCUUUCUUUCGUUCUUUCUUUCUUUCUUUCUUUGUAUUUCUAUCAUUAUUUUCUCUUUUCAUUCAUUUGUUUUCUUUCCUGGGAUUUCUUUCUUUCUCAUUCUGUUCCUCGUCUUGCUUUCUUUCUCUCAGCUUUCCUUAUAUUUCAUUCUUUCUUCCACUUUUCUUUCCUUGUAUUUAUUGUAUUUGUUUUCUUUUUCUUUCCCUGUAUCUCAUUCUCUCUCUCUCUCUCUCUCUCUCUUUGGUUUAUUUUGUUCUCUUUUCUUUCCUUCUAUUUCUUUCUUUCUCUUUUCUUUCCAUCGAUUUCUUUCGAUUUCCAUUCUCUUUUCUUUCAUGUGUCGUUUCUUUAUUUCUCUUUUCUUUCCAUUUUUAUUUAUUAAUUUAACUUUUCUUUCCUUCUAUUUCUUUCAUUCUUUCCUUCUUUCUUUCUUUCAUUUUUCAUUUCUGGUGUGUCUUGUAUUCUUCCUUUAUCUUUUCUUUUCUUGCAUUUCUUUCUUUCUUACUUUCUUUCUUUCAUUUUCCUUUCUUUAUAUAUCUUUCAUUCUUUCUUUCUUUCGUUUUUCUUUCUUUGUAUUUCUUUUAUUUCUUUCUCUUUUCUUUUCUUGUAUUCCUUUCAUUCUCUUUUCCAUCAUCGUACUUAUUUCAUUUUUCUUUCGUUGUAUUUCUUUCUCUUUUCUUUCGUUGUAUUUCUUUCUUUCUUUCUUUCUUUCUUUCUUUCUUUCUUUCUUUCUUUCUUUCUUUUACAGUAUUAGCCAUAACUGUUUUCAAGACAUUAUCCUUGAUUUAAGCUACAAUAAUCAAUGA